AUGUCAUCGUCCGAUCAUUUCGCGAAACCAUCCAAUCAGCCUCCAACUUUCAAAAGGGAUGCAGAGGGAAACAAACAAUUGUUGAUUGUCAACCUCACAGAGUUGGACCAUUCCGCCCAACAGAAACUAAUCAACCACUACCAAACGGCCUUGGAGGAACCCGCUGAGAUCCUGACUUGGACUCCGGCUCGAGCUUUGCUUCAAUCCUUUGCAACGCAAGGCCCGCGUGUGGACAGCCAGAGCAAUCUAUAUGCAAUUGCGGUUCUGCUGUAUCAAGCCGAUUGGACCGGGUUCAUCGUCGCAGAUGAGCUUACCAAGCGCCAAGUGACAGGUAAAUGUCGAUUAGGCGAAGAUCAUGCUAUCUCGGUGGUCAUGAUCGCCACAGAAGCAACGCUUCCCUCGGGUGCAGGCCGCCCUGGUGACCCACCCCGGCUUCGAGUAUCCGCUCGGCGCACGAACACGGAACUCGGGGACGAAAAGCAACUCGGCAAUCUAUCCAGCGAUUGGUUUACUCAAGUUGACAAGGAAGAGGAUUCACGCGACGGUUUUUUCUGGGACACGUUUGGCAUGGUUCUUCACGAUCCGGAUCACCAAAUUUUGACUCCUGACACUGCCAAUUCAUGGGGUCGGAAAGAGUAUACGGAUUCCGUGCUGACAGCUCUGUCCGCCAAAUUACUCCCGGCGGAGCUGAUAAUGGACAUCUUUUCUCGUGUAGAACAUCACAAAGAUGCGGUUCCCGAGAUGCCAAUUUGGCAACGUCCACAAAGCUUGCAGCAUAUUCACAUUUUUCUUUUCUUUCACGCGACACCAGAGGAAAUUGAGAGAACACAUGCUAUUAUCCAGAAUGCCGUGACGAAACGCUUCAAAAUUCCUUCCAAAGAUACGAUAUUGAAGUGCGAUGCUCCCAUCUGCAACUGUCCCCACCUCAACGAGGAAUGGCAGGAGCGGCCUAAGGAUACGACGGUAGAAUUGAUUCCCCUCGAUCGACACCAGAUCAAGUCUCGUCGACAUAUCGUGAACUUCUUCAGGCAAUAUCAUCUAAGGCACCUCGAUGAUUCCAAGAGAACACGAAGCAUGCCCAUCUAUUUUCUUCUCAGCCCACUCAGGGAAGGAGACGAUAUUGAUUCUGGAGAAUUUGGAUACUGUCGGUCAAACGAGCCGCUAUUUACGGCCCGGAUGACAUUCAACAAGAUGAUUGAUUUCAACCCGUGGAAGACACCUACAAUCGCCUAUUAUCUUGCGCGGGGGAUUUCGCCCGACAUUAGGGAGAUAGAAUUUCUGCACCAUCCAGACAUGCCAUUCUAUCACGAUCCUCCCCCUGGGAGGCUUGUGAACCCCAUGGAGACGAAUAUGACCUUCUAUCUCACUAAGCAUUUGACCACACAAGAAGAUGAGGCGAUUCAAAUGGAACUUCGCACCGACGACUUCGGGCAGUUCAAUGAAGAUUUCGAAAUUUGUCGCAUUCCGUGGGAAUCCGAGGAGGACGGAACACUGGACGAUAUCUGGAACAUCCUGUGGACUAUCUAUCGCCACGACGGUGCGCCCCCCGUAUGUUUCUUUUGCAUUGAUCGAGAAGCAGCCGUAGAUCUGGAUGUUCUACUUGUGAAACCAGAUUUUUAUUGGGGGGACAGACAGGAUGGACAGGAGCAUCCCAGUCUCUUGGUUGACUUGGAGUGCCCUCGGCUCAGAGGCUUCUGGUACUGUCGCAUUUCUGGGAAUUUAUGCCAUCAGGCCAAAAUCCAGCUGGACACUGAUAAUCUAGAUAUUACGGAGCUCGGGGGAUACGAUUUAAGGAAGUACCGACGGCCUGGGUGGCCGGCUCGUGGUAUCCUUCCCCUUGAUGACGACGAGUCUGACAGAUUGUAUGGAUGA